UUCAACUGAUAUUUCCUAUGUAUCAUUUUUGUUUUCAUCCAUGAAUAUCCUAAACCAGUUUACUGUUCUCUUCUUGAUCAUGUAGCAAAUGAUCAAAACCAUUCUUGUCUUCCCUAAACUAUAAUUAACAGUAACCUUUAUCCUUUUAAUUAACACACAUAUGAUACUUUUAUAUAUGUCUUGUGUUCAGAACUCUUCUGCCCUCAUCUUAAUAUUGUUAAUUGCUACCUGCCGAUUUUCAGAUUGCUUUGACCCUUUGGAUCCUAAUGGGAACAUCACCAUUACCUUUGAUAUACAUGAAUGGGCAAAUGAUGGAUAUGUGGCAAGGGUAACUAUCCAAAACUACUAUCAGUACCGGCAUAUUGAUAAACCUGGGUGGAGCAUAGGGUGGGCAUGGACUAAUAAAGAGAUAAUCUGGUCAAUGUCCGGAGCAUUUGCCACCGUACAAGGCGAUUGCUCAUCCUUCAGAUACCAAAAACCACACUCUUGUCAGCAAAACCCUGUCAUUACAGAUCUAAUGCCGGACGCGCCACUGGCAAACAAAUCAGACGAAUGCUGCCAUGGUGGCUUGCUUUCUGCUUGGGCAAUUGAUCCUUCUAAAGCAUUCUCUUCCUUCGAUAUCACCGUUGGCAAUUUGAAUAUAAGUUCUACUGUUCCUCCUGUGAAUCUGACGUUAUUAGCCCCAGGUCCUGGUUACAGUUGUGGCCCAGUUUUGGAGACUGAUCCUACGCAGUUGUCAGAUUUUGGGGGUAGAAGAAAGGUUCAGGUUUACAGAACAUGGAAGUCGACAUGCACUUACUCUAGUUUUCUGGCUAACAAAAAGCCUGUUUGUUGUGUUUCACUGUCAACAUUUUACAAUCCUACAGUCACAUCUUGCCCUGAGUGUAGCUGCGGAUGCAAAGAGACUAACCAAAAUAAAGUUCCAUGCAUAAGGGAAGGUUCCUUUUCAUCCUUGUCGAAUUUGGAUGAUGCAGAUGUAGUGCAAUGCACUGAACAUAUGUGCCCGGUUAGAGUUCAUUGGCAUGUUAUGAAAAACUAUAUGAGUUAUUGGAGAGUGAAGCUUACAAUCUCUAAUUAUAAUUACAAGAGAAAUUACUCAGACUGGAAUGUAUUAGUACAACAUCCUGGUUUCAGUCAGAAUACGGCUACAUACAGCUUUAACAGUACAAUUCUACCCACGGUUGGUUUCACAGAUAAAGCUGCCCUUUUCUGGGGCUUACAGUUCUACAAUACUGAAUUGUUACAAGCUAAUGAGAAGCAAUUAGGCUCAGUAACAACAGAAAUACUGUUAGAGAAGGAUUUAAGCAUAUUUACAUUAAGCAAUGGAUGGGCAUUACCGCGGCGAAUAUAUUUCAUUGGUGCCUAUUGUCCUUUGGUGGCUAAUAGGAUCAAGGUUUUACAUGUCCGCCAAUCUGUACUUUUGUGAAUUUUGUUUGUCUUUUGCUUAAAUUGUGGCUUCAUAAGGGAAAAUUUUUGUUCUUUGUAUUUUCCUUGGAGCUGGAUGAGAAACGCCGGGAAAUUAUUGAGUCCAUAAGUUGUAAUAUUUUUUGUGUCAACAGAUAUUUGAACGGGUUCGGAUAUUUAAAUAGAUUAUUAUA